CCGCCCCCUCUGCCCCUCGGUCCCCAUCUCUCCGAAGUAACUCAGAUCUCCAACCAUCACCAAUCAUCUCUCGGGACCCGGAGCACAACUCAGCCCCUGGGCUGCUCCUCCCCGGAGGGCCCACGCUACUACAUGUGCAGGUGAAUUGCGCCCACUGCGGCCUAUCACCCUGGGCUGAGUGUUUGCCUUGGAGAUGAGUGGAGAGGAAGAGCUCCCUGGUCAGAGUGGGCCCCGGGGUUCUGGCCCAGUCGCCCAAGCAUGGGUGCUGGGGAUUCUUGGGCUCCUUCGCCUGGGGAUUCCCCAGAGCCGUGAAACCCUGUCCCUGAGCUCCGGGGAAAGGCUUGCUCAUCCCCCAGCCCCGCUUCUCCGGACCGCAGCACAGGCUUGGUGUGGGAUGGCCUUGUCCGGGCAGGUCGGUGCCUUUGGAGGCUUUGUGGCCAGAGGCUUUAGCUGCAUUUUAAUGGACACAGGGGCCCCUUGUUUAGACUUGAAGGCUGAAGGAGGAUUUCACAGAGGCCCGGAGAGACCUCCAGGAACUGACGCUGAGGGAAACCAGCAGAACCCGGAGAGCGUCGUCCGCGGCAACAGCAAGCUUACACAACGAUCAGUGUGGCUCUCCAACAGUGAGCCGGUCUGGGCCGGUUCCGAUGAUCUCGUGAUGGAGAGAGCCGUGUGCGCCCAGAGGGAGGGCCCGGCCGAGUGUGGCUCACAGCAUGGCAUCCUCACUCUCCGGCGUCCGCUCACGUUCACUUUUCUUUCUCGUUUUCUUUCCUUCUCGAUCCGAUUUUUCUUGUCCAGCAAGACCGCUCUUCUGUGGGACCAGAAGGCGUAGGAUCCCACCCUCACUUUUCUUACAUUUAAGAAAAGAAGAAGGAAGCAAGUGAGAGCACUUACCCGGAGGGGAAGGAUGGGAAGAGGUCCAGGUGGGUGAUGGAGGCCCGAACAUCGCAGCUCGCCUGUCCCUGGCUUGGGCCAGGAGAAGGCACUGGAGUGGUGAGUGCCCA